AUGACAGAGGUCCUUUUCUCAGUCCCCGCCGUCUCGCGUGUCCCUAUGGACUAUUCCAUGGAGGUCAUGCACUCCGACCUCCUAAUUGUCCGCGCCCAAGAACCCUUCAACGCAGAGCCCAAGGCAGCCGCGCUCGUCGAGUUUCCAAUAACCCCCGACGAACUUGUAUACUGUCGCAACCACGGCCCUGUCCAGGAGUAUGAUGAGGACAAUUUUGAAAUUCGCGUCCGGGUAAGCAACACCCAGGAUGGUGCUACCUCUACCCCCGUCGAGAGGACUCUUACCGCCAAGGAUAUCCGGGAGAAAUUUGACAAGAUAGAGGUUGAAGCUGCCCUCCAGUGCGCAGGCAACCGUCGCAAAGAGAUGUCCUCCAUCAAACGUGUGGUUGGUCUCUUGUGGGAUGACGGCGUCAUCGCCAACUGCAAGUGGGGCGGUGCUCGCCUCAGAGAUGUGCUCAGCACCGUCCUGUCGCCCUCGACCAUCACAAACAUGACCGGCAAAACGUCCGCUGAGACAGAAGCUUCUACGGGGCCAUCCGGGUUGUAUGUUCGUUUCAAUUCGCACGUAACACCAUGUCAAGACGACACAUAUUAUGGCGCGAGCAUCUCUCUCGAGAAAGCGCUCUCCGAUGAUGUCCUUCUCGGUUAUGAGAUGAACGAUGAGCCGUUGAGUCCAGAUCGUGGUGGUCCCUUACGCCUUGUUGUGCCUGGCUUCCUUGGCGCGCGCUGGGUGAAGUGGGUGGACCAAAUUGAAGUUUGCUCAGAAGAGAGCCCUAAUUUCUACCAAGCAAAGGACUACAAAAUACUACCCGAGAAUGUUGAGACGCGGGAGCAGGCCGCCGGGGCGUGGCCAAAAUAUCCCUCAAUGACAACACUCCCCCUUAACUCCAUUGUCGGAUCCAUUUCAAGGCUGUCAUCCACGUCCGUGCUCGUCAAGGGCUAUGCAAUCGGAUGUGGCUCGGCGAAGGUGACGUGUGUCGAGGUGACUGUUGACGGCGGUGCGAGCUGGGUGUCUGCAGACAUCACCUACAAUGGCGGGGAUAGGGGUACCAAUGCGGACGGCAAUCGUAGUGCGAACUGGAGUUGGACACUAUGGACUGCACGGCUCACGGGCGACGUUGUACAGGAGGGCGCGCAUGGCACGGUAUACUGCCGUGCGACAGACGAGAGAGGGAACGUCCAGCGGAAGACGUGUCCCUGGAACUACCGAGGCGUAGCAUAUUGUCCGUGGGGGUUCAAAGAGUUUUAG